AUGUCGCCAAUACCAGAGUUGAGUCCCAUCUUGCGGGCAUGGUAUCGCUGGAAGAUGCUGCGGCUGCCGUGGCGGAAGCGCUUCCUGGUUGGCCUCGAUCUCCGCGGUAACACAUACUGGACGUUUCGGGACAAGCGGGUAGACAAGAACGUCGACCCGCGAACACUGCGCUGGCGGCGCAUCGUACAAUACCCGCGGUCGACGCAUCUCUCGGACGUGACGGUGCCGCCGCAAUGGCAUCAGUGGCUGCGGCAUCAGCGCGAAGACCCCCCCUCGCUGACGGAGCAGGCCGCCGAUGUUGCCCGCCAGGAUCGCAUGAAGACACUCGCCGCCGAGGCCGACGCCCGAUGGGCAGCCAAGCCAAGCCUGACCGAUAUGCCUCCCGGUGCCGGCCCCAAGAGCCAGCCCGUACCCGCGCUCGAUACUGGCAAGACGCAGCCGCAGGAGCAGGCUGCUGAGCAGAAUUUGCAAGAGAAGGGCCUGCGGGAUGCACCCGCUCAAGACAAGGCGGAAGUCAAGGACGAUCCCUGGAAGAAGGCGGCAAGCGGGCCAGGUGAAAAUUGGCAGCCAACAGCCUGGACACCAACGAGUUCGCGAAGAAGGUGA